AGUAACGGUACACAGCAGCGAGAGUUGCUGCUGCUCGCUGCUGGGGCAGGUACUGAGGAUGCGCGGCACCGUGCGGGAUUCCUGGGGAAGAUGCAAGGGCCGCCUGGUACUUUUGAAGAAUUCUUACAGUCUCAGAAAUUGGAUGAUUGGCCAAGAUUUCCGUUUCUAGAUGAAGAUCGUCCUUUGGUGGACAAAUUAAGAAAUGACUAUUCAUUUGAUACUAUUUCUAAGUUUCUGUAUGAAAAUGCUCCACUACAAAGCAGCCGUGUCUCAGAUUUGGAGAAGAGAAUAGAUGAGUGCACAACUGAACUGAAGAAACAUGCUGAAAAAAUAUUUUCUUUUCAGCAAAGACCAACAGAGGAAGAUGACCAUCGUGUUUCACUAGAGCAAACCAAUGAUACUCAACUUACUGAUUCAGAAGAAAUUUCAAUUCAAACAGGCAAGAUGAGGAAAACAAAGAUUGAUAAAUAUAUCGCUGAGGAAUCAAGCAGAAAAAAUGUAAAGAAUUAUAGAUACCCAGGUUUCAAGUUAAAACAGCUUACAGAACUACCAAGACAUUUGGAAGCAGCAAAACUUUGGGACUUGGUUAUAAAAGCUCACCAUUUCAAAGAUCCAUCUCUCAUUCAAUCCACAGGAUGGACAGUGCUCAAGGAAUGAAUCAGGCCUGUGUAGUGCAUGAGGCUGUUGUCUACAGGACUCCUGCUGUGAGGAUCCAUGGACCUGGAACCCAGGUCUGCAGGCUCCUGUGUGGCUCCCUUGUCCACACAGCCAAACCACAGGUCUGGUGAAGCAGGGAACAGCAGCCAAUGAGCCCUAUGGGUUCAAGCUCCACUGGAUGUCUCACCCAUGGAGGUCCUGACUGGCAGAGCCUACUGCAUUCUCUAAUUGUCCUAGGGAGAACAUCUGGAGGCCGUUUGUGCAACUAGGUGGAUUUCCAGCUUGCUGCUGCAAACAGACCCUUGAUACAUUGCCUUACUGCUGGUUUCUGGCCCCAGUCCUGCUCCUGAUGCCAAGCCUUGCUUCCGGUUCCUGGUCCCCUGCUCUGCUCCUAACUCCUCAGGCUGCCUUCGUUCCUGGUUCCCUGCUCCAUUAUUGCAUCUUGCCCUGCCUCCGUUUUACUAACCAUACUUUGGCUGACUCACUUGGCUCUGACAUGGUGCAACUCAUUGACCUCGAUUCCAACCUUGACUGCUGCUUUUGGCCUUGAACGCUCUAGACUGAACUCAGACCAUGUCCAUUAUAACCAUGGCCCUGGCCUCUUCCCCCACCCUGUAGGUGGGAUCCUGAUACCUGCCUAGCUCAAGUGAGAGGGAAGUGAGAAUGACCACACUGGGAAACACCACUUAAGCUACACAGAGUGAUUGGAUUAUCAGAGGGAUUCUGUUAGAAGCUGAUGAGUUGUAAUUCAGGUUCCUGCAUCCCAUUGUAUUACUAGCGCAGCAGCACGCAAGCUUUGGUGUGUACGUGUUAAAGUUCCCUUAUACGCAAUCUAGCUCAAAUUUAAAGCACCACUUCUGUUGAGCUGGAGGUUUGUGUUUGUGUACAGGAAUCAGGUUAGGGAAAAACUUGAGUUACACCCCAAGCUAAUAUGUCAGUGAAGACAAGCCCUCUGUUUCUUCAAAAGAUUGUGCACAUAGAUUCUACUCUCGGUGCGCACCCAUCUUGUACAAAAUGGGAUUCUUUUGGGCAGUAGUGCCCAAUAGGACUGUGCCUGCUAAAUGUCCUUGCACCUCCCACUCAAGAACAUAAAAGGCAGAGUGGUCCCUGCUAUCCCUCAGUUCCUUCUUAAUUCCUGUGGCAGCAAGAAGGAACCCCUCCAGUGUUCACUUGCUUCUUGGUGCUAGUGUUAGUUAUUAUUGUUAAUUAGUUAGUUCUCAGUGAAUAGUUUUAGUCUUUUUGCCUGUUGGCACCAAAACCAGAUUUUUGUGUGUGUGAGAGAUUUAAUUUAUUGGCUAGACUUCUCCCCUCCAUCCAUUAGAGGAGCUCUAACAAUAUGGAAGAAACAAAAUUUCCAGGGUUCAAAAUCUGCCCUACAUGUGAAGCUUCAAUGCCACUUACCAGCAGACUCUCCAGCUGCCUCUUUUGUUUAGAAGAGGAUAAACAAACGUAGAGAAUUGGUAGACAAGGUCCCAAGGGAAAGAAAAAGAAGUUCAGGACAGCUGGCAGUUUCUCAAAGGGACAGCAUUAAAGGCAUAACAGCAAACUAUCCCAAAGCAGAGUAAAGAUAGGAAGAAACAAAUAUAGCUGUAUCAGGAGCUCUUUAAAUACCUGAAAAUCAAAAAGGAAUCAUACAAAGAGUGAAAACAAGGACAAAUUGCUAAGGAUAAGUACAAAAGAAGAGCACAAGCAUGAAGGGACAAAAUCAGAGAGGCAUAAAAUGAGUUACAACUAGCAAGGGACAUAAAAGACAAUAAAAAGGUUCUAUAAAUGCAUUAGAAGUAAGAUGAAGGAAAGUGUAAGUCCAUUACUUAACAGGGAAGGAGGGGUACUAACAGAUGAGACAAAGAGGAGGGUGCAAGUGUUUACGAAUACCUACACCAUCUCUGACAGAUGUUUGUCUAGCGUGUUCUUAAAAGCUUCCAGUGACAAGAACUAUACAACCUCCCUUGAUAAUCUUUUCCAGUACUUAACUAUCCUUAUAGUUAGUUUUUUUUCCCUAUUAUCUAAUCUAAUUCAUCCAUAGACUGUAAUGGGAGGGGCAGAGUUAUAACCUUUUAUAACCCUUUGAAGACUUAUCCCAAAUAAGUGUUUAGGUCAACUGUAAUUCUUUGAAUAGCUGGUAAUAACUUUUACAAAAAAAAUUAUAGUGCUGUAUAUUUUGAGGGACUGAACAUUACUUUUAACGUUAAUAUUUCACUACCAGCCUUCAACAAGAUGUUUAGAUUCAAAAUAUACAAAUUUUUUACUUUUUAAAAAAUUACUUAUGUAUGCAUAUGUUUGGCACACAAUGCUGUCAGAAAGCCUGCUAUAUAGACCCAAAAAUGACUUGGACAGCUCAAAAACCAUAAUUUUAGUACCACCCCCAACUCCAAAAAGUCUGUUUUUUGUCGUACUGACACUACUUUACCUUCAGCAAAUGACAGGAAAUUAAUAGCUGCCAUAAUAAAUAAACCUGACACAGUCAAAAUGCAUGAAUUCCAGAAAAAUUCAGUACAUAAAUUACAUAAUAUUUACAAUUCCUCAGUUAUCGGAUAGUAACAGAUUUAAUAACUGCUUCAAAAAUUUAACUUUAGAAAUACAAUUUGUGUAAUGUAAUACUUUAUAAUAACAGCCUCAUUUUGAAAAAAAAUGUAGAAGUCUGCAAUUGCAUUCUACAUAAGCAUAUUGAAAAAAAUACCAUUAUGUGAGUUUUAAAGUCUUUUUAUGGCAUUAAUUGUAAUAUUUUGGGGCCAGGUUCAGUGGCGUUGGAACAGUUUUUAUAGUGGGGGAGCUGAAAGACAUUGAACAAAACUGAAUGCCUUGUGUAUGAUAGAAACCACUUCAGUCCAGAGGGUGCUGCCACACCCCCAGCACCCUAGUUCCAGCACCAUUGGCUAAUGUGUGCCUUGCCCUGUAGAGCUACCCACCAGGACAAUCCUAAAACCUCACUAAUACUUCUGCACAGGGGCCAUGCACAGUUCAUAAUUUCUGCCUGUUACCUGAUGCAGAGGGGAAUAAAUGGAACCUAUAUCUGAAUCUGCUUUAUUGAUUUGGCUAGCUACUCUUAUUCUCUGAGGUAUUGUUUUUAAAUUGCCAUUGUGUUGAACUCAUUUUUAGGAUUCAAAUGCAAAGAACACUACCUAAGGCCUCACUAAUUUUGUCAGGUUUCAGAGUAGCAGCCGUGUUAGUCUGUAUCCGCAAAAAGAACAGGAGUACUUGUGGCACCUUAGAGACUAACAAAUUUAUUAGCGCAUAAGCUUUCGUGGACUA